AAGUAAUGCAGGAUGAGAAAGAACAAGGAGAGCAAGAACUAACUCCAGAGGAGAAGAGAACCCUGGAAAGGAAACUGAAGAAAGAAAGGAAAAAAGAAGAAAAGAAACAGCUCCGGGAAGCCGGAAUUAGUAUUAAGAAAGACGAGCCCCCAAAACCAUCAGGAUGUGAGUUGGCCCUGGAGUAUUUAACUAGCUGGUCAAAAAAGUGCAAGACAUGGAAGUUCCAGAAGACCAGACAGACAUGGCUCCUGUUGCACAUGUACGAGAGUGACCAGGUCCCAGAAAAAUACUUCUCCAUCCUCCUGUCCUACCUGGAGGGGCUGAAGGGCAGUGCCAGGGAUCUGACCGUGCAAAAAGCCGAGUCUCUCAUGAAAGAGCUGGACGCCACUGAGCCCAACGACCCCAAUCUCUCGGCGAAGGCCGAGCGGAUCCGACAAGUCCUCCAGCUGUUGUCAUAAAUGGGAUCGGCCUUGGCUCCUUCUAAGAAACAUCUCCUUCCCAAAGACACCGCUCCAGACAUGAAAGGAUCCCUACCCCACCCUCAUCCCCACAACCAAACCUUUCUUGCGUGAAGCGAUUUUUUUUUUGUUACUUGCGAAAUCAGAUCUUUCCCCAAGCACAUUAUCAGGAGGUAAAAACACUCUGUUGUUUAAACCUAUCAUUUUCACUCCUGGGUACAAGCUCUCGGUAUGUCCAGUGAUCUCAUUUUAAGUGAUCUGAUCUUAUCUUGGAAGGAGAGUGAAUGAUCCUUUUGUGUCUUUUAAAUUCUCCCGGAUCAGAAUGGAAUCGCAAUGAAGUGGUGGAGAGAGGCCCAAAUCCUUGGCUUAUGAAGGCCUUUAGGCCCCAGUGAGUCUUUCACAAAGAGACCGUUUUUUCAGGACAGGAGAUAGAGUACAGCACUCCCUCUGCCAGCUGAAAUCCAUCUCUGCCGGCCUCAGGCGCCCAUCGCAGGGGUUUGGACGAGCUCAUUUCCAACCAGCCCGUCAAGGGUCUGGUCAUAAAUUUACUCGUAACCUGCCCGAGCUCCGACAUCCAGAGCUUUGGGACUUUUUUCAUUUUCCCGGUCGAUUUCAAGCUUUCUGGUGUCCCACGGCACUUGUUGCUUAGUGACGGGACAAACACAAGGCAGUGAAUCAACUAGGCCAUGUACCUGGAUGGGCUGGAAUGGGUUGAUUGUGAUUUUAAUAAAAAUGAAAUCCAUAAAU